AUGGUGAUGGGGAGGCCAAGCAACAGGGGCGACGAGGAGCGGCUGCCCCUCCGCGGCGUGCUGGAGACGCAGCAGCGGGCGCCGGGGCCGCCGCCGUCGCCGCCGCCGGCCCACCACGCCGCGGAGCAGCUGAAGGAGGCGAGGCGCGGGGGCAGCAGGCUCUGGCGCGCGUCCGUGCGCGCCGGGCUGCUGCUCUGCCUGCUGACCGUCCCGGGCGUCCUGCUGCUGCUGCGGUGGCAGGCCGACUCCUCGCCGCAGUGGGUCUUCGACUUCGAGGCCCCCGAGGAAGACGACGGCCAAGAUAUACAAGAUGAUAUGUCCGAUGAUCUAUCUCCGUCGCCACAAAUAGCAUACGACCGACUUCUGGGUGGCCUUCUGGUUGAGGGUUUUGAUGAGAAAUCAUGUAGAAGCAGGUAUCAGUUUGCACGCUAUCACAAUUCACCAAGCAUACCUUCUCCAUACCUCAUAGAGAGGUUAAGGAAACAAGAAGCUUUGCAGAAAAAGUGUGGUCCAGGCACCAAAGCAUAUAAGGAAGCCUCAAAGCAGCUGAAGUCCGGUCAAAGCGUCAAUGUGACAGAUUGCAACUAUCUGUUCCUGAUUAUUCAUGCUGGCUUAGGGAACCGGAUGCUUGAGAUCACUUCAGCGUUCCUUUAUGCGCUACUUACAAACCGGAUUUUGCUCGUGGACCGUUAUAAGGAGAUUGCAGACCUUUUCUGUGAACCCUUUCCUGGAACAUCGUGGUUGGUUCCUUCAGAUUUCCCUCUGAACAAUGACGAGUUCAGUCAGAGUAGUCCUGAGAGCUAUGGCAACAUGCUGCAGAAUAAAGUUUUCGGUGAAAAUACAGAUCGAUCUUUGGCUGGUAUCUUACAAAGAAAUGGUCCGUUCCCACACAUUUUGAAUCAGAUCCUCUCAUGUGCUCAAAAUGAAAAGCUGCUUCCAGAAGUUAGUAUGGCAGAGGGAGCAGCAGCUGAGACUCAGAAUAACCAAACAGCAGCUGGGACUCAGAAUAACCGAACGAUUGCUGUUCUAACGACUUCUUUGAGCCCUUGGUACAGUGAUCAGAUUCAGAAGAAGUACGAUGAGCAACCAGCUGUUGAUGGCAUAACUGUCAAAGUGUUCCAGCCGAGCCACGAGGAGUACCAGAGGUCAAGGAACAAGAAGCACAACAUGAAGGCACUUGCUGAGAUCUAUCUACUGAGCAUGAGCGACGUACUGAUCACCAGUGGCUUUUCCACGUUUGGGUACGCUGCUCAGGGGCUCGCCGGCCUGAAGCCAUGGAUCAUGUUUAGGUCGGAGAACCACGUGAUACCAGACCCACCGUGCGGCCGUGCCAUGUCCAUUGAGCCGUGCUUCCAUCAAGCUCCCUCCUACGACUGCAAGGCGAAGAAGGACGCUGAUUUGGGCAAGGUAGUGCCUUACGUGAGGCACUGCGAAGACGUGAGCUGGGGGCUGAAGAUUGUAAAUCAAACUCAUCUGUAG